AUGGAGCCCGACCGCCCCCGUCCCCCGCUACCUCAGCGUGAAGUCCGCUCUCGCCCUCGCGAUCGAGCGUCGACCCCGCUCAGUGCAAGUGCAGUGACCAGUGAACCGUGCCGCGAUGACGAACAUUCCGCGCGCGGUGACUUCAGCACCGAUGUGUGUGCAGAUGAUUCUGGCAGGGCGCUGCAUGAUGCUGCGCCCGCCGAAUCAACGCAGACCUCCAAGCUGAGUGCCUCGACUGCAUCGUCGUCAUAUGACGAGUCGUCUAUGACCACGACGGCCGAGUCCGCCGACUCCCUGACCUCUUCGCCGACUGCGCCUCCUCUCCGGUCUCCGAGCCUACUCGAGAUGCUGUCGGCAGAACAGCAGCCGUGUCCCGCCUUGUCUCCAAAGGCGGAACACAACUCGGACACAGUGUCCGCCGCACUGGUGGCAAGCUGUGGCGCCUUCUCCCCGUUCAUACAGGGGGCCAUUCGCUCUGCGCUCGAGGAGCGCGAGCGUGCCCUCAAACAACGGGGAAUCCUGGACGAGUCAGCCGUGAUCACGGCCGAAGAAGAAAAUCGGGCGUACGAGGCCCUACAGCGCCUCGUCCCCCUCCGCCGCCCUCGCUCGAGCACCGACGAUGAGGCCGCCGGGCGCGAGGCGAAGCGCCUAUGCGCUAUGCCCGCGCACGCUGCGCGCGACCCGCGCCUCCAACGCCGUGCCGCCACCACCGAGGCUGCAGCCGAUGCCGCCGCCGCGCUGCCUGUUGCCGCGCCGCCCGCUGCCGCGCCGCCUGUUGCCGCGCCGCCUGGCGCCGCGCUGUCUGCCGUCGCAGUCGCGCCGCCUGGCGCCGCGCUGUCUGCCGUCGCAGUCGCGCCGCCUGCCGCCACACAGUCUGCCGCCGUAGUCGCGCCUUCUAUUGCGACUUACGCCGGCGCUGCCGCCGCCGUCGCCGCCGCACCUACCGUGCAGGCGCGCCCACCUCGCGCCCCUGCCGCGCAGCCAGCUGCAGCUAAGCCGAGAUACCCGCCGAUCGUCGUCGAGUACCUACCAGACUGGGUACAUCACCUCGGCGAGAUUCGGCGGCUACUCGGCCGCACCGCCAACACACGCUCCUAUGGGCGUGGCCACCGCAUCACGCCGGAGACCGAGGAGGAGUACCGUGUGGUGCAGCGGUACCUCUCCGACCUACAGCAGCGGGACCAGAGGGUGACCUGGUUCUCCUACUCCAUCCCGGCCGAGCGCGAGCUGAAGGUGGCAAUCCGCGGCAUCCCGGUAGGGACAGAUCCGGAGGCCAUCAAGGAGGCUCUUCGCGGCCUAAACUACGAGCCCGAGCACAUCCAGCCCAUCCGAGCGUCGAAGGGGAGACCCGGGUGCCUUUACCUGGCUAUCCUCCGCCGCACCCCCGGCAUCACCCCGGGCAUCUACGCAGUGAACGAGCUUAUGUUCAUGACCGGGGUCACCAUCGAGGCGUGGCGCGGGAAGCGAGGCCCCGCGCAGUGCCACCGGUGCCAACAGUUCCGGCAUUCGUCGCACAACUGCCACCGCCCUAUAGCGUGUGUGCGAUGCGGCGAACCCCACCGAGCUGCCGACUGCCCGCGGCCCAAGGCGGAGCCUGCCACGUGCGCCAACUGUCGGGGACCGCACCCGGCAAACCAUUCGACGUGCCCGGUGCGCAAGACGGAGGCGCGAAACAAACGCGCCGGCACCGUCGCCCGCACUGGCCAAUCGCGUCCCACUACGCGUGCCGCCACAACGACACAAACUGCGUCGCGCCGCGCGCAAAGUGCGCCGCGCCGCGCGCGCAGUGCGCCGCGUCCUGCGCAGAGCGCCGCGCCUGCUGUCGCCACUGCGGCCCCUGCCGCCGCUGCAACAUCCCGCCCUGUCGGCGGAAGAAAAGGAGGCAAGGGUCGCUACAAGAAAGUGUCUCUUGCGGCCGCUGAGGCCGCGAGCCGCAGGGGCACCGCCGAUUCUUCUGGCGCCGCUACCACCGCCACCACUGCCGCUGCCACCCCUACCACUGGUGCGGCAACCUGCGCCGCUGAGCCGUGCGCCGCUUCGUGCACCGAGCCGCGCGCUGCCCAGCCUGACUUCAACCGCGCUAUCGCCGCGAUCCUGCAAAUUUUGCAGGCCAUGCAGGCCGGCAGUGACCCCGCGCCGCUCUUCGAGCGUGCUGCGCGGGAUCUCCGCAACAGCAGCGCCCCAGCCCGAGACCCGCGCCGAUAA